GCGCGGUCUCUUCGUUGGCGCAGGCAUCAUCACAUGGACUCGCAUCGUGCUUCACCAUAGUGAACGGCGCGCGCCAGUCUCAGGGAUCUGUGGUUAUUCUCGGGCCGAAAGCGCUUGCUGCGAUACACACAUUGUGGUGCCUUAUAGAAACACAGAACUUCCGUGGAGGAAUCCAGCGCCUGUCUUCGAAUGACGUUGUCAGACCCGAGAUACGAGCACUGGGGCGAUAGCACUGGGGCGACAGAUGUAUCGAGACACUGCAUGGUCUCUCUCCUCCUACACGCGCAACUCCGCAGCGCCGGAGCAUCCUUACCUCUCGACAUGAAGUUCACCCUCUUCACCGGUGCACUCUGCGCUCUGCUCGCUUUCGCUGGUCCGGUGACCGCUGACAAGAGAGACAACCAAUUGCCUGCUCGUGUCCCUUACAUCUUCCCUCCGCCGGGCACCAAUGCUGUACGGGUCCUCUCCGUUGUCGCUGGCUUGCUUCGACUGACCAUUGCCUCCCAGAUCGCCGACAAAAUGCGCAGCUUUCGUGCAGGAGGAGUUCUCCUCGAUCUCGAUGGUGCUCUUCUGAAUAACCCUUUGGUCGCCAAUACCUGGACAGACUUCUUCCAAGUAGUGCGUAGGAACUUGACCAUCCCCGGCAACAUCCGCGAGCUCCCGAUUCUCCGGACCGCCGUGGCCAAUACCGCCACCUAUCAGUGGCUGCAGCACGAGCCUGUGGCCCGGAGCGAAAACAUGACGACCGACCAGCUGCUUUUCGUCCGCUUCGCGCCGCAGAAGACGUUCUCAUGGAACGACGGGCGGCGCACGGGGCUCUCGGACGCGCAGCUGGCGAGCAUGGCGUUCUCGGACUGGAUGGCGGACAACGUGCGCAUCCCGGACAAGGUCUACAAUGCCGUCAAGUCGCACUUCAAUACGUCCCAAAUCAUGGAGAUAACCAUCACGGCCGGCUCGUAUGCCCUGGUGUCGCGCUUGACGGUCGGGCUGGAAUUGGACUCUGACGAGGAUGUAGAGCUGCCUGUUCCUCAGUAGAUUCAUCCAUUCAAUGCAUCACAUUCCCUCGAGCAUUCUACUUUCGUCGCUGUUCCACAGCUCGGCCGCCUGCAUGUAACGUGGGCUGGCGCUGGUGACUUGAAGAUGCAGAUGAGUUGUUGUGAUACACGCGUCUGACACUUGGCGACAUGUUCUGGAUGAGAUACAGUCAUUGACGGGACAGUUUCC